AAAAAUUGUCUAAAAAGCGCACGCUAUAGUCUUACAUGGAAAGCUGUUCUUUUCCUCCACUACACACACUUCCCUGAUCUUAAAAAAGCUCUGGUUUUAGUUUUUUACAGAGAAUUGAGAGUUCGUUAAUGGCGGACUUGGCUUUUUUCUUAGCUUCCGCUCAAGGUGUAGAUUUUGAGUUCUCUUCUUUUUGAAUCGAUUCAUUCAUCGAGUCGAAGGAAGAAGAAACAAGAGUUUUGAAGAUGCUGGACGGACUUCUAGGUCGAAGUUUCGCCUCCAAAUGUAAAUCGUUGAUUAAAAUGACAAAGAGUCGGAUCGAGGUUAUAAGGAGAAAAAGGAAGGCCACUUUGAAGUUUUUGAAGAAAGAUAUGGCUGAUCUGCUCGCUAAUGGACUCGAUAUUAAUGCUUAUGGCAGGGCUGAAGGGCUCCUAGCUGAAUUGGCCCUAUCAUCUUGCUAUGAUUUUGUUGAGAAAUCUUGUGAUUUUGUGUCGAAGCAUCUUUCAGUCAUGCAAAGGAUGAGGCACUGCCCUGAGGACUGUAGGGAGGCUGUGUCAUCUAUAAUGUUUGCGGCUGCAAGGUUUUCUGAUAUGCCAGAGUUACGUGACCUUAGGGAUAUAUUUUAUGAGAGAUAUGGGAACUCUGUGGAGUUGUUUGCUAACCAAGAGUUUGUUGAGAAUUUAUCUUCAAAGCCAUCUACAACAGAGAAGAAAGUUCAGCUGAUGCAUGAUAUAGCUUCAGAAGUCGGCAUAAAAUGGGAGUCCAGGUCUUUUGAACAAAGGGUAUCUAAACCCUCUGCACCUGCACAGGAGCAACUUAAAAUUUAUGGGUCUCCAAAUGUCCAUGAUGAUCAAUACAAUUCAAUUAAUGGCAAGAACACUGUCCUGAAAGGCAAACAUGAUUUUUCGCUCAAAGAAAGGCUUGAGCGUGACAAUGAUGAUUACAGAUUACUUAAUGGAAAGGAUAGCAAUGCCUCAAGAAGAAAUGAGCUUAAUUCUCAGUCCGGAAAUCAAGUCCCUAGUAAUGGAUACAAGCUGAUAAAUGUCAGGGAAGAGCAUAUGCUGAAAAGGGAAACCCAUGAUAGUUUGUUCCAAGGAAAGCAAGAAGUUGCUGUGGAGAAGCGUGAACCCUCGAAGGAGGAUACUCCCCUGAAAACAGUUAGAUUAGGCAGUUCAUCUCAGAGGAAAAGAAUAGAAAGUUUUGAUGGCGGAGACAAAUUGCAUGAUGGUAGGGAGAAUGCUGCACCCAUAAGAGACGGCCAGGACAGUUUAUCUCAUGGAAAGCCAGAUAUUCUGCCUAGUUAUGCAGGAUCAUGGUCAAAGGGUGAUGCCAGAGAUUCAGUGGCUGGUAAUCAUCACUCUGGCCAAUAUGAUGCUGCAAAGUCAGCAAGAAAUGUUCAGGAGGAAGCACGUAAGUUCAAACCGUACUAUAAUAAUGCCAUCCCCCCUCCUUACACUAAACCCAAUGCCAAACUGAAAGAUGGAAAAUAUGAAGGCAGUUUAGGAUCUUCCUUUACAGGCUCUGAUGGUAAUGUAGUCUCGCAAAAUUUUUCAAGGGACAACAGAGCCAAUGCUGGUAAUAGGUCUGAGAAAAUCCUACAAGAAGCAUAUCAUCCUGACCGUGAGAGGCAAAGUGUUAUGCAUACAAGAGCAAGUGAUAAUGUACAUGAGAAUGAUAGACACCAGGAUGAAGGUAUUUGUAGUAACCCGAUUCCAAAACCAAGAUCCUCAAGGAGGAGGCACUCAAAAUCACACACUAGCCAUGAUGAUGUCGGCAAUUUGGAAGACAUAGGAGUUGUCAAGAGGAGAUCAAAAAGCAGGAGAAGGGAUGACUCAAGACGGGGCCUGCAAAUCUUGUUUGAUGACGAGCACUAUCGGAAUGAUGAAGAGGAAAGAAUGAUAGAUAAACUGUUGAUUCAUUACAGUAGGAAGCCAUCAGCCUAUGAACCUGGAAAGGUCAGAAGGAAGUCCAAAAGUCAUCAUGCAAAUCACCAAGACGCCGAGGAGGAUAAAUCUCCACAGCAUGGUAACAAAGACGGGCCUAGUGAAAUCUCAGAGAUUCUUCCACCACCCCGAUCAAUUUCCCUUCCUCGUGAGCAAACACCUCCUUCAAAUGCAACAAAAGUGUUUACUCGCGCCGCUUCCUUCCAGCCAGACAAGUCAAGCACAGCCAAGCAUGUGCAUCCCAAGUUACCUGAUUAUGAUGACUUGGCGGCUCGGUUUGCAGCCUUGAGAGGGAUGUGACCAUUUAGCAAUCAGAAUCAGCAUGAGUGAAUUCAUGGUAUCUUCUUGCGUUCUCCUUAAUCGAGUGCCAUGCAGCUUUUGUGUAAUAAAAGACAGGUUAUGCUCCAACCACGAAUGGGCAAUGACUGAAGUAGUGAGAGCAUUGUGGGCCUUGCACCGUUGCAAUUCCACUUCAAUCAAAGCCUAGCCCAUUUGUUGGGUUUUUGUUGGCAUUACACAUAUAAGCAAUCAAUGUCUUCAGCACUUUACAGUUUGUACUUCUAAUAUCAUUUCAAUUUCCGGACCUCUAGACCGUAAAAUUUGUAAUCUGCAUGUUACUUCAAAUGAUAAAUAUCCUACAUAUUGAUUGA